GUGUGAUGCCGGUGAACGUGUGGACCCUGUGCCGCCGACGGAGCGCUCUCUCUGUGGCUCGACUACAGUAGAGACGUGGUAACGUGAACAAGAGGACAGCAGCUCUAUGGUAAAGGACUGCGCCUUGGAGAAAAGUGGCUGCCAGGAGCCCGUAAUCAUGCGGGUCCUGUUGAGCGUCCUGUACCCCGUCCUCUCCCUCACCAUCUUCGGAUUAUACCCCUCUCUGACUAUCGGCCCAAAGGAGGGCUGGCAGGUGUACAGCUCGGCCCAGGAUGCUGAUGGGCGUUGCAUCUGCACAGUGGUGGCACCAGAACAGAGCCUGUGCUCCAGAGAUGCCAAGAGCAGACAGCUCCGCCAGCUACUAGAGAAGGUGCAGAACAUGUCUCAGUCCAUUGAGGUGCUGAACCUGCGCACUCAGAGGGAUUUCCAAUAUGUCAUAAAGAUGGAAAACCAGAUGAAGGGCCUGAGGACCAAGUUCAGACAGAUUGAGGAUGACAGGAAAUCCAUCAUAGCCCGAAACUUCCAGGAGCUUAAGGACAAGAUGGACGAGCUGAAGCCCUUGAUCCCUGUACUGGAGCAGUACAAGAUGGAUGCUGCGCUCAUUUUCCACUUCAAGGAGGAGAUCAGGAACCUAUCGGCAGUGCUGACAGGUAUCCAGGAGGAGCUUGGGGCCUUUGACUACGAUGAGCUCUAUCAGCGGGUCCUACGACUGGACAGCAGGCUCCGCAGCUGUAUGGGCAAAUUAACAUGUGGGAAAUUAAUGAAAAUCACUGGACCUGUUACAAUAAAGACAUCUGGAACCCGGUUUGGGGCAUGGAUGACUGAUCCUGCAGCAUUAACCAGAAACAACAGGGUUUGGUAUAUGGACAGUUACACUAACAGCAAGAUUGUGCGUGAGUUCAAGACUAUGGACGACUUUGUAGCAGGUGUGGUUUCCCGAACCUACAGCCUCCCAUUUAAAUGGGAGGGAACCAAUCACAUUGUCUACAAUGGAUCGCUUUACUACAACAAGUACCAGAGCAACAUUAUUGUCAAGUACAGCUUCGAGACAGGCAGCGUGCUGGCUCAGCGGGCUUUGGAGUUCGCCGGCUUCCACAACAUGUACCCAUAUACAUGGGGGGGAUACUCCGACAUUGAUGUCAUGGCUGACGAACUGGGAAUGUGGGUUGUUUACGCGACCAAUCAAAACGCUGGAAAUGUCGUCGUCUCCCAGAUAGAUCCUGACACCCUGCAGGUACUGAAGACUUGGAACACCGAAUACUCCAAAAGGAAUGCGGGUGAAUCAUUCAUGAUCUGUGGGACGCUCUAUAUCACUAACUCUCACCUGUCGGGGGCAAAAGUUUACUACUCUUACUCUACGAAGACUUCAAGUUACGAAUACAUAGACAUUCCUUUCCACAACCAGUACUUUCAUAUCUCCAUGCUCGAAUACAACGCCAAAGAGAGAGCACUGUAUGCCUGGAAUAACGGACACCAGGUAAUAUUUAAUGUCACCCUAUUCCAUGUCAUAAAAACCGAUGAUGACUCUUAAACACGAUACUUUUCCAACCACGACUAAAGCACCAUCAUUUGUGAUACAAGGACCUCCAUGUUUCCUUUAGUCAAAAUGGACGAUGGUAUCUUUACUUGCCACUACUUGAACUUUUCUAAUUUGUGGCUCUGGAUUCUUGGAUGAACUAAGCAUGGACACCAAUGACUUGAUACCUUACUGGAAAAACUGAUGUACAUUUUUUUAGACUUUUUUCUUUGCUGCUGAUCUGACUGGAAUGCCUUAUUUGCUUUGUUGGGUAUGCCAACCAAACACUCUAGAAAGCUUUUGCAUGAAUGUCCACAUUUUGUCUGCAGUGAUUUCCUAUUAUAUUGCUGUGUUUUGUUGCAAAUUUGUUCAGCUAAAAGUGUUUGCAUUUCUGUCUAUUUAAAAGUCUAUUUAAAACUAUUUAAAAAUGAAAGGCAACCAACUUCUCCUUCAUAUUUGCUACCACAUUAAGCUAGCAAAUUAUGAAAUGUAGUAGCUCUUUUAAAGAGUGGCCUUUAAGAUAUUGCUGUCAUGUAUGUAACUGUAAGAACAUUUGUAUUUUUUAUAAAAGAAAACCAUAUGAGAAGACCUGUGCAUUUUCAUUCAAAUUAAAAUAUUGUACAUUUCAUUAAAAUGGUUUUGGCUGGUAAAAUGUACAUCUGCUAUUUGAUCCAUGAUUGUAAUGAAUCAAGCCUAUUCCAAUCAGGAAACUAUGAUUCCAACACUGAAACAUUAAUCUGUCUUUUACGUUGUUUUUGAUAAAUUGAAACACAAAAAAACUGUUUGAGAAGGCAGGUUCACUGAAAUGAAUAAACGGGAGUCACACCCAUAAUUUAAGGAGGUUAUUAUGGUGCUAAGGAUAACAUGGACAUACAUAAUAAAAAUACCCCUUCUUUAUAUUUUUCAAUAUAAGGACGAAUUUGAAUAGAUAGUGGUAACUGAUGCUCGUGGUGACUAUCUCUCAAGAAGGAAGUGAUUUUCUUCCUCUCAUCAUGUGGCAUUGAGAGUCAUCCUUUUGGCAUUUCAAUCAGCAUGAAGUGGCAAUAAACCGCUGAGAUGAUUCACAGUGUUCACUAGAAUUUACUUCUUCUCACCAUCGUGUCUCCACAGUAUCUUCAAUAACAAGGAGACGUGUGCUUUAUGGUACCUGAGGUUGGGUUUUGAUGAUUUUUUUAUGGGUAAACACAGUCACGUCUUCACGCACAUAUAAUGAAACACGCCUGAGGCAAAGCACAUUUGCAUGCACACUCAUAAACAGACACAGACACACGGUUGGAGGUAAUCUGUAAAUUUUAUCAACCCUCAUCAGUAAUCACAGGGAACUGCAACAUCAGUGACUGGCCUCUGACACAGCCUACAAUGGCUUUUAAUUCAAAUUAAAAAAAAGUUUUCUCUGUUAAAAGCAGUAAGUUAGCUAAUUAGAGAAGAGAUUUAAAAAAUGUCUUGAGACAAGAUCACCUGCAAUUAAAAUACAGCUUUGUAAUUAUCUUUGUUUUGGUUUGAGAAUGAAGAUUUGUUAGCCUCUGUAUGGCCUUUCUGAGUCUAUGGGUUUACAAUAUCACCUGACUAUGUGAUCGGGAUCUUAAACAGCUCUCUCUGCUGUUCUUCUUCAUUUAUUGAUUCCCCCAUCUCGCGGUCCAGGCUACAAGUGUCACUCAGUAAAAUGAUGUGCAUCCCCAUUGUAUCUCAAACUACACGAUUGACAACAAUGGGGAAAAAUGACCAAAAUCUUCAUCGGGGGAUCUUUAUUAAAUAUAAAAUGGCUCAUGCAGAGAGCUUUAUUAGCAUUGAUUUCUCCACUCUUCCAUACACAGCAUGCGGCUGUUUGGAUGGCUGGACGCUUGUUCAUAGAGACAGGAGCAUCAGAUCAAAGUCUGCAUGUUUGACCACACGCAUCUUUAUCUGUGCUCAGCGGCUGUCACAGGAUACACAACAGGCUGGAUUCGCUCCAGUGGUUGCUAUAUCAGACUGUAUCAGAACCGGCCUGCAUUGACUUCAGGCUGUUGGCCUCACCUGUGAUGUUUGUUUUUUGAUUGGGCUCAUUUGGAUUCUUUUAUAGUCGAAAGCUGAAGAAGUAGCCGUGCCAAGUGGGAAACUGACAAACACAGAAACCACGCUAUUAGGAAGUGGCAUGACCGUUCUCUAUUUUCUAAAUACAAUAAACGGUAAUUUGGAUUUAUGUCAGACAAGCGAUCAAAUUCAGAAAUAAAAAAUGUUAAGGCCAUAGAUCAUGGUAUAAUGUAAACACAGGUGUGUUUAAGUGUGGCUAUGGCUGGUCUUUGGAACCAUGAACGAUUCCAAAACGUACCAUGCAGUCAGGCAACAGAAAAUAAAUACUAUAGAAGAUUUUUUUAUGUGAAUACGGUAUGAUAGUCAGUGAUAAUAUGGUAUCAUUAUUGAAAGUUGUGCAUUUUGAUCUGCAUGUUCGCUAGUGUAUUGGAGAGCUACUCUGAAAGACCAUUUUCAGACCACCUUAGUCACCCCAUUUAAAUGGCACAAACGCCGGAUGUCACCAUUUACAAAAAUUACUUCUCAUUACAAAUACAAAUUCCAUGUAUUCACACACAUAACACCCGCAGCACAUUUAAAACACCAUACUAUAUUCCCACAGUAAAUUCAGAAAUGCCAGUAGUUGUUUAUCACACAUGCUCUCUGUUGCUCUCUCAUAGUUGUGUGAAGGAUUUGUGGAAUCUAAUCGAACACGUUCUGUACCAUAACGGUGCCUUCUGGUGUAUUUCAGCAGAGGGGAUCAAUUGGGAUUGUUCUGUGGUUCCUUUUCAUUGAUCCAGACAUGGCUUUGCGGGGCUGCUGCACACCGUUCCAUUUCAGCUAAAUUAAUGGAAGUUCCCAAGAAAAGUCGUUUUGUUCACAUGCUGUAAUGAUUAGGUGGUAUCUGUCAAUAAUCCCACUGAGUUCAUAAUUGAUUUCAAAUUCACCUCAUCCUGGAUUAGGACUACAAACCAGGCUGCUUUGAAACUUCUUCCUUCAAUUCUUUUUAAAACUUUUACCUCGAAGGACUUGUGCUCAGACUCACUUUUCUGCAUUAUUUUGUUUUCGGUGUCAUCUGUCCAGAUUUGAUUGCUCAGGGCCUUAUGAUGUAUUUUAAUUCCCUCGGAAGUUGGGAAGCUACAACAAAAGUGAAUGUCUGCUGCACUUUUAAGUAAUUUGCUUGAAGUCAACGAAAGGAGGCAGGAAACACCUGCCAGAACUAUUUUACAGUCUCGCAACAAAACAACUUCUAUCUUGGCUGACACAUCAACAAAAGAGAUUGAAGUUUCUCUGAUGAAUUCUAAUUGUAUUGUGAAAUCCUCCCUGUCAUCUCCUCAAAGCCCUAAUGUAAUAUACGUUUUAUGAAAAACAUCCACAGCCACUUCAGCAAAGUGAAAGUUAAGGUGCCACGGUACAGUCUUGUAGAAUGCUCUCUUUCUCUCUCUUUCUUUUGAUCUCUCGCUCUCUUUCUGUCUCCAUAUUUUGGAGUUUCAUAGCCAGAGGCUGUGAAAUGAUCUCAUAGCAUAGAUAAUUAUCAUGUCUCCCCGAGUAAACGUUGUGGCUCUUAAGCCUUGUAAUUUAAUUAAUU